UUAUGCUCUCUCUCUCUCUCUCUCUUUCUCUCUCUUCAGACUUUUCUUUCUCUAGUUAUCAAUUAAACUAAGCUUAGAUAAUUUCGAUUGUGGACUCUAUUGCCAACGUAAAUAUUAUUAUUGUAAGUACCCUAUAAAUAGGAGAUCGAUAUGUUCCUUUUACACCCUUUCUUUUGCUUUUUGUUUUCUUCCUCCCACAAUCAAAUCAAGAGAGCAAAUUCAUGUUCGGUUUGGAAGACAGAAAUCACGCGCCUCUUCUGAUCUAACAACAUCUAACCAGCUUCCUCUCCUCCUUCUUUGGUAGUUCAGGAGUUUGUGUGUGUGCUUGUUGCUCGACGUUAGUUCUGGUUAUGGCCGUUCAAGCUCAGUAUUUGGGGAAUCCUGGCUUUUAUUGGUAUGGCUCACAGGAAUGGAUGGAUACCAAUGGUGGGUUUUGUGAUUUUUAUCUCAAUCUCCAACAACAACAACAACAGCAACAACAACCGCAGCAGAUGCAGCAGCAGCAGCUACGGAAUCAACAGAGAGAUCAAAAUCAGUGUUUUGGUAACAGUGAAAUGGAGUAUUCUUCCAUGGCAUUUUCUCGAUCGUUAAGGGGUCAGAUUGAGAAACAGAAGGAGGAGAUCGAUCGUUUUAUCCAGUUUCAGAACGAGAGACUGAGAUCGACUCUACAAGAACAAAGGAAACAACAACUGGCAAUCCUAUUAAGGAGAAUCGAAUCGAAAACGCAGAGUUUACUGAGACAGAAGGACGAAUACAUAGCAAGAGCGGCCAAAAAGACAAUGGAACUCGAAGAUUGCUUGAAGAGAGUGGAGAUGGAGAACCAAGCAUGGCAGAGAGUCGCCAGAGAGAACGAAGCCAUCGUUUUAGCUCUCAGCAAUACUCUUGAACAGUUAAGAGAGAACGUCUGUUGCUUUUCCUCCGGAGCCGAAGACGCCGAGUCUUGUUGCGAGGUGGAUAGAGCGUUCAGCAACAGAGGAGGAGCGGCAGCAAGAGACAGAGAGGAAGAGGCGGGAAGAGAAAUCGGAACUGAAGGGGAAGAACAAACGAAAAAGAUGGCUUGCAAGGCCUGUAAUUCUCGAGUUUCGUGCGUUCUUUUUCUUCCUUGCAGGCAUCUCUGUUCGUGCAAGCCCUGUGAAGGCUUCCUCGAUUCCUGUCCUGUCUGUAAAUCUCCAAAGAAGGCAAGCGUAGAGGUGUUCAUGCUCUGAGUGGAAAAAACAAAGCACGAAAAAAAAAAUUACUUUAGACGGUAGGAAAAAGAAAUGCAAAUUUUUGAUAUUGGAUGAACUGCUCUCGGAUUCAUCUGUACUUGAACAACCCAUCAAAGAUCAAAACUCGAAGACUUAAUUACGAAAAACAGAGCAUAAUUUCCUUUCUCGGACAAUUUAUUUUUUUCCUUUUAUAGAUUUUAAGUUUGUUUUUCCGGCUGUGUUCCAGUUCUUUUUUUUUACUUCUUUCAUUGAUUUGAUUCGUCGUUCUCAGCUUUUGGAAGUUUUCAUAUGCCGCAGCAUCAGCGGCAGCUGCAGUGGCGUGCUGUAUUGAAUUGACAGAAGAAAAUAAUGAAACGGUAAGGGG